UAUGCUGUUAGCCGCAAGGAGCAAGGAGUGCUGUACUAGCUGUUGUUUAGUGUGUGACGUUCUUAUUUCUAAAGAUAAAAUACGCGACGAAAUCGCUCGCUUAACGCUCCAAUCGACCGUGCACUCAUUGAAUGAUUUCUUCACCGUAACUCGUAAAUUUUAAUUCAUCACCAUCAUCAUCAUGGGUAUCAAGUUCCUCGAGGUUAUUAAGCCGUUUUGCAGCAUUCUGCCGGAGAUUGAGAAGCCGCAGCGUAAGAUUCAAUUUAGAGAAAAAGUACUAUGGACGGCAAUUACACUGUUCAUUUUCUUAGUAUGCUGCCAAAUUCCUCUUUUUGGAAUCAUGUCUUCCGACAGUGCGGAUCCAUUUUACUGGAUUCGUGUUAUUUUGGCUUCCAACAGGGGAACCUUGAUGGAACUUGGUAUUUCACCAAUUGUAACAUCUGGCCUCAUCAUGCAACUUUUGGCUGGAGUCAAGUUCAUUGAGGUUGGCGAUACUCCAAAGGAUAGAGCUCUAUUCAAUGGAGCUCAGAAGCUCUUUGGUAUGGUCAUCACUGUUGGACAAGCCAUUGUCUAUGUCAUGACCGGCAUGUAUGGAGAUCCAGCUGAAAUUGGAGCUGGAGUUUGUCUCUUGAUUAUCGUUCAGUUAUUUGUUGCUGGAUUGAUUGUAUUGCUACUCGAUGAGUUGCUCCAAAAAGGAUAUGGUCUUGGCAGUGGUAUUUCUCUCUUCAUUGCCACCAACAUUUGUGAAACUAUUGUAUGGAAAGCUUUCUCUCCUGCCACUGUCAAUACUGGACGUGGUACUGAAUUUGAGGGUGCAGUUAUUGCUCUAUUCCAUCUUAUGGCUACUAGACAAGAUAAAGUUAGAGCACUACGUGAAGCUUUUUACAGACAAAACCUUCCUAACUUAAUGAAUUUGUUGGCCACGGUUUUGGUCUUUGCUAUAGUCAUAUAUUUCCAGGGCUUCAGAGUAGAUCUUCCCAUAAAAUCUGCGCGGUAUCGUGGACAGCACAGUAGCUACCCUAUCAAACUUUUCUACACCAGCAAUAUUCCUAUUAUAUUGCAAUCGGCGUUGGUUUCGAAUUUGUAUGUCAUCUCUCAGAUGUUGGCCGUCAAAUUCCAUGGAAACAUUGUUGUGAAUUUACUCGGAGUUUGGUCUGACAUCGGUGGUGGUGGUCCAGCUAGAUCCUAUCCAGUUGGAGGGCUAUGUUACUAUCUCUCGCCACCUGAAUCUGUUGGACAUAUUGUUCAAGACCCUGUUCACGCUGUUCUUUACAUAAUUUUCAUGUUAGGGUCUUGUGCAUUCUUCUCAAAGAGCUGGAUUGAAAUUUCUGGAAGCUCUGCUAAAGACGUUGCAAAACAACUGAAAGAAUCACAAAUGGUAAUGCAAGGUCAUCGCGAGAAAUCGUUGAUUCAUGAACUGAAUCGAUACAUCCCAACUGCAGCUGCUUUCGGUGGCUUGUGUAUUGGAGCUCUUUCCGUAUUGGCUGAUUUUCUUGGUGCUAUCGGUUCCGGAACUGGUAUUCUGUUGGCCGUCACUAUUAUCUAUCAAUACUUUGAAAUUUUUGUUAAGGAACAAAGUGAAAUGGGUGGUAUGAGUACACUGCUAUUUUAAAGACUUUGAUAUUCAAAAUACUACCCACAACUUUCAAUGGAGUGAGGUUGUAUAUUAUAGAUUUUUUUAAAUAGUUCAUUGUGAGAAAUUAAUGUUUGGCGUCAUUACAAAUGAUACGCUAAGCUGGGUAUUACAUUACGCGAGAACAGGACUCAAUAGACUCGCGUCACGACUGUAAUACCGAAUUUUAGGUAUUAUGAAUUCUUAAUGUUGUUACUUUAUUUCGAGUUGAUUAUUCGCGUAACUUCAUUAAUGAUGAUCUCGUUAUAAAUAAUAUAGUAAUAUAAUAACUAAGUAGGUAUUUGCAUUACUGCAAGACAUCAAACAACUAUCUCAUGACAACUGUACAUAGUUUCUUUAGAAAUAUGAAAAGUAUUUUGUAUUUAAUUUUAUUGAUUUAAUAAUAUUAAAAAUUGUGUAAUUAUUUCUAUAUUGAUAGAAUGCAAUCUGAUUAGUUAUUUACACAUAAUGCUCGCAAUGAAUUAGUAAUGAGUAUUUUUAAAUUUUUAUAUUUUCUGGAUUUUG